ACACGCUGCGCGGCUUUCUUAAAAAACUCCGUUCCUGGUAGAACCAGUUGUUAGCAGACGAUAGGAGCCCCUCCCCUGCAUGCGUUAGACCCAUCUUCUCUUCCUCUCCCCAACAGUCUUGUAGACCUCAAAGGUCCUAAAACAUCCACCAUGGCGCCAGAGAAAUUCCUCAAGCGCAAGGCGCCCACCACAGUCUCCGACUUCACCAUCGUCCCACUGACCCUCCCCACCCUCCCCGGUCUCCCCGCCUCGCACGCAAAUACACAACACUACCUGUACGCCAAACCCCACGUACCCAGCGCCUACACCGCAAACGCAGAGCGCAGUCUCUUCCUCGCAAACAUCCCCAUCGACGCCUCCGAGCCUUCCCUCCGCGAACUCUUCGCAGGCCAACUCGGCGGUGCGCGCGUCGAGAGCGUCGAGUUCGAUUCGAGCGUGCCCGCGGCGCCGCUGCAUAAGCGGUGGAAAGCAGAGCGACGUGAUGACGACGACGAGCAGCGCGGGAAGAAGCGCAAGAGGAACGAUGCUGAGGUCAUUGCGGAGGGUGUUGUGGAGGACGAGGAGAGCGCGCUGCCGAGUCUCUGGAACAGUGAAUUGCGAAGAAGCGGGAGCGCAGCGGUGGUUGUGUUUGUAGACAAGCGCAGCGCGCGGGGAGCGAUGAAGGAAAUCCAGGCUGCUGUCAAGAACGGGAGAACGGUGCAAUGGAAAGCCGGGAGCGGGCUGGGCGUUGAACGCUACAAAUCCCACCUCAGUCUCAUCUACCCCUCGACCUCCUCCCUGCAAUCCAGCAUCAACGCGUACCUCUCGCAAUUCACCACCCUCGAGACGCACCGCGCCAAGCUCAUGAAACACGCGCGCACCGUGCCUGACGAGGACGGCUUCAUUACCGUCACGCGGGGCGGGCGCACUGGGCCCGCGCGGCUCGAGGAGGCGGAGAAGAAGAAGGCGGAGCUCGAGGAGAGGCGCAAGAACAAUGGCGUCAAAGACGAUUUUUAUAGGUUCCAGACUCGCGAGAAGCGGAAGGAGGCUGAGGUCAAUUUGCGCAAGAGGUUUGAGGAGGAUCGCAGAAGAGUGGAGAGGAUGCGGGAGAGAAGGGGGAGGGUCAGGCCGGAGGCGUAGGUGGGGACUUGGUUGCGUUUUGUGGAUGACUGUGUGUUCCUCAUAUCGACCUUGGAGCGUUGUCUUAUGGACCUAAACACUUCGAAUAGUAGAGAAUCCAUGUUGACGAUAGAUUGCCAUAAUGGCCUGGCGCGAGUAGUCCUAAUGGAUGAAGCCCAGCAAAGCAGAAUGUCCGAGCUUUAUGAGGACAGGCGGUAGCAAUAACAGAGAUAUACUGAAUGACUUCGCAGUAG